AUGAAUAACGCACUCGAUCCUGCGAGGGCACCGCAGUUCCUUGAUUCCAUGUUGCGCCGUAAUCGCAUUGUACUCAUCUCCGCCACUUACUGCCAGUUCUGUACAAAACUGAAGAUGUUGUUGAUUGAAACAAAUCACCGCUUCGUUUCGCUUGAAAUUGAUAUUAUUCCAAAUGGGCGGGAGGUCUUUACUGAAGUUGUAGGUCGAACAGGUGUGCAAACUGUUCCACAGGUGUUUCUUGGCGGUCGCUACUUGGGUGGCUACGAUGAACUUGUCGCCCUCUAUCGUCGUGGGGAACUCUCGGCUACGCUGGAAAAACGAUGA